AUGCAGCACCAGGCAUGUCAAGAAUGCUCAACAGGGAAAGAGGGAGAGAGAGAGAGCCAAGGAAAGCGGCGGAAGCCAGGGGAGCGGGCAGUCUUGGCAGGGAAGCCAUCCCCCCUGCUGCGGGGGAACCUCGCUCGCAGCCCGGCCGGGUCCGAGAGUGGUCCGGCGCCCAGGCCGUACGGGGGGCUGUUCGGGUGGAGGUGGGGGAGCAGCCGGGCCAGGAAAACAGGAGCCGCUUGGGGGCUGGAGCUGCAGGAGCAGGCAGCCUCUUCCCAAGAUGUUUUUGGUGUGGGAAAUGCUACUGCCUGUGUCUUACAUGAAAUUAUCUAUGUCAUUGGUGGCCACUGCGGCUACGGAGGAAGCUGCACCUAUGAGAAGGUCCAGAGCUCCGAUUCAGAUAUCAACGAAUGGAGCAUCAUCAUCACCUCCAGUCCACAUCCAGAAUAUGGACUGUGCUCAGUUCCAUUUGAAAAUAAGCUCUAUGUAGUCGGUGGGCAAACUACAAUCACAGACUCUGACCCUGAACAAAAUGAGUGGAGAGGGAGAGCUCUCAUAAUGGAAAGGAGGAUGGAGUGUGGUGCUGUCAUCAUGAAUGGGUGCAUUUAUGUCACUGGAGGAUACUCCUGCUCCAAGGGAACAAGUCUUCAGAGCAUUGAGAAAUAUGAUCCAGAUCUUAAUAAGUGGGAAAUAGUGGGCAGUCUCCCAAGUGCCAUGAGGUCUCAUGGGUGUGUUUGUGUGUAUAAUGUCUGAUUGAAUCUGCAGAAAUGACCAGGUAAUCACCGUUUCGGA